AUGCGUUGGAAUAACUUCCCCCAGAGAAACGUUUCAUGGAAAAUAUCCAGUCAGCUUUGUUUCCCAAUUCGCAAGUGUUCUACAAAGCCUCUUUUGUUUUUAACUGAAAAAUCUGUACAGAAGCUAAAAGAAAUGGAAGCCAAAGGAGCAUCUAUGCGAAUCGUAGUCGACAGCGGGGGAUGUUCAGGAUUUCAGUAUAAAUUUGAGCUGGUAGAUAGAAUCCAAGAGACUGAUAAAAUUAUUAAACAGGAUGGGGCAUCUGUGACUAUUGAUGACGUUUCCCUCGACUUGAUCAAAGGCUCAACAGUCGACUAUGAAGAUGAGUUAAUUCGAUCCGGUUUCUGUAUUAUCCACAAUCCACAAGUUGAUAAGAGCUGUUCUUGUGGUGUUUCAUUCAGCCUUAAACUGGAUUAA